CGGGUCAUCAGGUACCGGAUUGUCUGGCUCGACAGCAGGCAUCGGGUCACCAGGUAUGACAGCGGGCACUGGGUCACCAGGCAUCAGGUCAUUUGGCUUGCCAGCGGGCACCGCGUCAUCUGGCAAGGCAGUGGGCACCGGGUCACCAGGCAUUGGAUGUCUGGCUCGACAGCGGGCAUCGGGUCACCAGGUAUGACAGCGGGCACUGGGUCACCAGGCAUCAGGUCAUUUGGCUCGCCAGCGGGCACCGCGUCAUCUGGCAAGGCAGUGGGCACCGAGUCACCAGGUACGACAGCGGGCUCUGAGUCAAUUGGCACGACAGCGGGCACCGGAUCAGGUACCGGAUCAUCUGGAUCAACAGCGGGCAUCGAGUCAACUUGCCUAAUAGGAUCGUCAGGCUGGAUCAGUUCAUCAGGCAUCAGGCUGAAGAGAGGCAUCAGGCUGAAGAGAGGCAUCAGGCUGCGUACCGGCAUCAGGCUGAAGAGAGGCAUCAGGCUGCGUACCGGCAUCAGGCUGAAGAGAGGCAUCAGGCCGAGUACAGGCAUCAGGCCGAGUAGAGGCUUCAGGCCGAGUAGAGGCUUCAGGCCGAGUAGAGGCUUC